CAAAUGAAACAUCGCAACAACAAUCGCCACAACAACAAAACGAAUUUUUACAAAAUCAUCAUCAACUGAAUCAAUCACCAUCAUCAACCGCAAAUAAUAAUCAUUCUGCACCAUAUUAUUAUGGCGAUAUAGUUUAUCGUCAACCAUUGUUUAAUCGAUAUUCAAAUCAUUUUGAUAAUUGUAAUAGUGAUUGGAAUCAUCAAACAUCAUCAUCAUCAAUUAAAUCUUCAAUAAUGGAUGGUCUACGUGUUGGAAUAAAAAAUCAGGUUCGACAACAAAGUAAUCAAUAUUUACGAUCACCAAAUGUAAAUCGUUCGGAUGAAUUUAAAGUAUCAUUACGUGGUUGGCUUUAUCGGUUGGAAGGUGCCGCAAUUAAACAAUGGAAACGAAGAUGGUGUGUUCUUGCCGAUUAUUGUCUUUUCUAUUACAAAGAUAUGGCCGAAGAAAAGAUGCUUGGUUCACUUUUAUUACCUAGUUAUAAAAUUAGUCCAUGUUUUAGUCGUAAUGAUGGUAUAUCUCGAAAAUUUGCAUUCAAAGCUGAACAUAAUAAUAUGAAAACAUAUUAUUUUUCGGCCGAUUCAAAAGAAUAUCAACAACAAUGGAUGAAUGCUCUUUCAAUGGCUUCUAUUAUGCAAUUGAGUGCAAUGUUUUCCGCCACAACAAAUACAACCACCACCAACAACAAUAGUAAUAAUAAUAAUAAUAAUGUAAUGACCGGCGAUAAACAGAUCAAUAAUGAUAUUAAUGAUGAUCAUUGCAAUAAUAAUAAGAUUAAUGAUAAUAAUGAUCGAAAAGAAUCGAUAUUGGAACAACGACAACGAUUAGUUGGAACAACAACAGGAUUAUUAUCCAAUCGUAUUAUUCAAGAUGAUGAAUCUGGUUUUUUAGCUUAUCAUCAGACAAAACGUUGUAUUGAUGAUUCGAAUAAUGUUAUUCAUCAAUUACAGCAACAACAACAACAAAUUUAUCCAAUCACUAAUUAUGAUGGUCAAAAUUAUCUACCAUCAUUAUAUCAUCAUCAUCAACAACAACAAUCAUAUAAUGGAUCUAUUGGAUUGCCAAUCUAUUAUCCAUCAUCGAAUCAUUCAUCACAAUUUAUAAAUAACAGUGAAUAUAUAGCCGAUGCACCACCGAAACCACAACGACAUUAUUAUGAUUUAAUGUUACCACAAUAUCAUCUACAAGAUUAUCGUCAACAAACAUAUAAAUUGUAUCAUCAACAUCAACAUCAUCAUCAUCAUGGACAACAAAUAGAUCAGAAUUUGAUUAAUCAAAAUUAUUUUGUCCCCACUGCUACUGCUGUUGCUGAUGAACAAAAUUUUCCUGUGCCAUAUCAUACUGUUAUAUCAUCAGAUUUUAACAUUAUUCCGCAACAUCAACAACAACAAUUUGAACAUGGUUAUUUUGCUCAGAAUCUUGUUGAUCAUUCACAGUUGUCCAUUCCACAACAACAACGUUUACCUCCUAGACCACGUUCAGCCGAUUUUCUUGAACGUAAUCAAGAUUUUGAAUUAGAUAAUGAUGAUGUUGAUGAUCAAGAAUGUCAAACAUUAUUUUCAAUCAACAAAAAUAAUGAAAAUAAAACCGGUGAUGAAUUUAAUAAUAAUAAUAAUAAUAAUAAUAUUGUCAAUACAGAAUCCACAAGAAUAAUGCCAACAAGGCCAAAAUCUAGUAUCGAAAAAUAUUAUCAUCAAUCCGCUAAAUUUGAUCCAUAUAUGGCUAGAAAUCUUUUUCAUACAACCUAUAAUAAUGAUAAUGAUGAAAUCAUUCCUUCGACGACGAUUCCAAAUCGACCACCAUUACCACAAGAAUACAUUUUUCGUUUUCAACAACAACAACAAUUAUUUGAUACAGUUGGUCUGCCACAACAACAAACAACAACAACAACAACAACAAUGAUGAAGAUUAAACAAGACAAAAAUAUUGUUACCACCUAUACAUCUGAUGAUGAAAUUUUCCGAAAAAAUAGUAAUAAUUUACCCGAUGAUAAUGAUAAUGACCCAUUUGAAUUAAGUCGAAAAGAAUAUCAAAAAGCAUCAAAAUUAUUAUUUCAACGUCAAUUUAGUAGUUGUAAACGUAAUUCUAAUUCAACGAAAAACAAUAUGGCUAGAUUAUCAAUCAAUAAAAAGCAAUCGAAUGAUGAUAAUAAUAAUAAUGAUGAUUGGAAUGAAAUUGGUCUGCCAAUACCAUCAGCCAAUCCAAAUGCAAUAAAUGAUAAUUUGAAACGAAACGAAUUAACAAAAAUCAAACAACAUUGUCCGGUGAAUGAUUCGGAUGUACAACAGAAUCAAUCGAAUGAAGAAUCAGAAAUUAAAUUUAAAUUUGGUUUAAAUGUUCGAACAUAUAGGAAACCUACAACAACAACUACUGCUACUAUUACGAAAUCUUUGAAACAACAAUGUCCAUCUACAAUUUGCGAUGAUAAUGAUAAUGAUGAUAAUAAUGUUCAUAAAUCCGAAAUUAAUGUUGAUGAUACAAACAUUAAUGAUCAAAAUCAUUCCAAACAAUCUUCAAUUUCUAUUAGUGGAAAUGGUAGUAGUAGUGGUGGUGGUGGUGCACCUUAUUAUUAUUCCGAUCUUUUGAAUGAAGAACAAAAAAUUGCAUUGAAGAAAAAAUUGGGAGAUUUUGCUGAACCACCACCAUUAUUAUCACGUUGUACUGAUUCGAAUAAUACACGUUUUUUAAGUCGAACAUCAUUAACAUCAGCAACAUUGGAUAAAAACAAAACAAAAUUAUCUAAUAAUAAUCUGAUGAUGAUGAAUGAUGAGAAAAAAGAUUUCAAUGUUGAUGAGAAAAAACAUUAUUCAUCAUCAGUAUUAUUACCUAACAAUAGUAAAAUGAAUUGUUCAACAACAACAACAAAACCAUUUGAUGAGAAUUCCCCAUCUAAUAGGAUUAAGCAUAAGGAAAUUAUUGUAACCGAAAACAAUUUUAAUGAUAAUGAAUUAGUUGUUGAACAAUUAGUUACAAAUCAACAACAACAACCCAUUUAUGAGAAUUAUACCGAACGAACAAAAAACCCGACAAUACAAGCAACUAUACCCGUUUCUCAUAAUAAACGAAAUUUGUCGAAUAAUCUAAAAAAACAAACCCGAAAAAUAUUGAAUAAUAAUAAGAAAUUAAAUAAAGCCGAUAGUCUAGAUUCAUUACAUGAAAUUCCUAUCGAAACAUCAUCAUUGAAAAAAAGACGAAGAAAACGUAAAUCACGAGAAAAUCUAAACAACAAUAAUGCUUCGGAUUCAGAAAUACAAUUCGAUGAUGAUGAUGAAAAGGUUAAAUCAUUGAAUCGUUUUUCAUCACGUAAACAUUUUUUAAAAUCAUCACGAAGAUUUAGUGUUUCAGCUGCUGAAUAUAUGGGUAAAAGUAAUGAAGAAUUGAUACUAAUGUUAAUUCAAUUACGUCGUAAACAAUCACAAUUAGAAAAAACAAUGGAACAAUUACGAAUGCAAAUGGAUAGUGAAGAAAAAAUGAUGGAAAUUGAACCAUAUCGUAAAGAUGAUUAUCAAUUAAGAUUUAAUGAGCUUAAUCGAAAAUGGAAAGAAAUUAAUCGAGAAUAUCAAUUACAAUUGCCAAUAAUUCAGACUAUUGAUCAUAUGAUCAAAAUGAAAUCGAAAACAAUGCUCAAUGAAUUGAACAAAAAGAAAGCUGCAUCGACAUCGAAUUUGGAUCGUGUUGUCGCUAAUGAUAACGAUGAUGAUGAUAAUAAUAAUAAUGAUAAUCGAUUCAAAUCAUCAAUGAAGAAUGAUUGUGAUAAUCAUCAUUCGGCUGAUUCGAUAUCGAUUCAAACAGCUGCUGUUGCUGCUGCUGUAGAUGAAACACCCAAUGAAAACAUUGAAAUCCUAAAAAGACAACAAAAAGUUUUAGAAGGAGAAUUGGAUCGUGUUCGUGGAAUGUUAACACAUUCGACAAAAAAAUUGGAAGAAAAAGCAGUGGAAAAUGCACGAAUGGAACAAGAAAUGCUUUUAGCCCGAAAUAAAUUGAAACAAGUUUUGGAAAAUGAACAAGAAGCAAUGGAAAUUACACGUUCAUCAAAACUUGAAGCUGAAUUAGCACAUAUUAACGAUGUAAUUGAUGAUCUACAUAAUCGCCGUAAAGAAUUGAAUAAUGCGAUUGAAAAUUUGAAAAAUUCUGAAACGAAAUUUAUGACCGAUCGAUUUAAUGAUAAUGAUAAUGAUAAUGAUGAGGAUGAUAAUAAUAAUUAUUAUUCAGAUUAUCAUCGUUUUACGAAUGAAGAAUUGAAAAUGGCUGUAAAUAAUGCAGCCGAAACAAGCCUUUAUCCUUUAUAUGAAAAUAUUAUUAAAAAAUCACAAACAUUUGUUGAUAACAAUAAUAAUUUGAAUGAUGAAUUUUUUACACUUAACAUUAAUCUGGAUAAACAUCAUCAACAUAGAAAUCAUCAUCAUCAUCAUCAUUUAUCAUCAAAUUCAUCAUCACAAACGAUUAAUGGUGGUAAAGAAAUUAAUAAUAAUAUUACGACAAUGUGUGAAUUUGAUCCAAAUAAAGUGAUGACAACUUAUGGUGGUAGUAGUGGUGAUAGUAUUGUUGAUCAACAACUUAAACAAAUUUAUAAUUAUCAUCAACAACAACAACAACAACAACAAACACAACAGCAAGCAAUGAAUAAUAAAUCGAAUGAAGUGAAAACUGUUCGUGAAGUUAAACGAGAAUCUGAACGUCGAAAAUUUAAUCAUCAUCAUCAUCAUCAUCAUCAUCAGCAACAACGAGCAUCCUCAUCAUCAUCAUCAUCGCGAACAAAUUACGAUUCAUAUCUUCAAACUAAUCAUCAUUAUUUUAAUCAUCAUAACAAUGAUAAUGAUGAUAUGAUGAUGAUGAUGAUGUUAACAUCCGAUCUCAAAUCAUCUAUAGAUCAGCCAAUGAAAUUUACAGAUCAAGAUAAUGAUCCUACUGCUACGUUAACAUCAACAACAACCAGUCCAUCAAACAGAAAUUUCAAUACACCGGACAUUGUUCAAAGCACAAUUAAAUUAGCGGACAAAACCUGAUUAUGAUGAUGUUGAUAUUUGAAUCGAACAUUUGUUUUGUUCAAAUUAUCAUUAUUUCAGUAUUAUCUCAUUUUAUUAAUUU